AUGAACCAAACACUAUUCACAGCAUAAUUGAAUUGGAGCUUUAAAAAAAGUCACGAGCAGCAAACAGAGCCUUUAGGUCUCUGCUCUCUCUCUCUCUCUCUCUCAAAAUCCCUCCAUCUGCCCCUUUAAUCUCCUGAUUUCGUCCCCAUUCAACAAAACCUCCAAAACCCUUUCCCCUGCUCCCAGUGCCACCGCCACCGCCCCUAGUGUGGGCGCCGACCCAGCUGCACCUCUCCUCAGAUCAACCGCCGCCACCACUACUACCACUCGAAUGGCGGCCACUGCGGCCUCAGACCUCGCUGAUGGACCAGUCCUAAGCCUCAUCAACAAGCGCCUCCGUGCCCUCCGCAAGAAGUACAACCGCAUCCUCCAGAUGGAGGAAUCGAUUUCCCAAGGCAAACCCAUCAACAAGGAGCAAGAGGACGUUCUACGCUCCAAACCCGCCAUCUCUGCCCUCAUCGACGAGCUCGAGAAGCUCCGCCAGCCCCUCUCCGCUGCCCUUCAAGACGAAGUCAACCUUGCCCUCCAACACCACCAAGUCUCCGUGCCCCCACCUGUCGCUGACUCCGUUGCCGAUGACGCUGUUAGGGUUUCCGAGGACGAGGGCGAAAAAGAGAAGGAUACCGAGGAAGGAGCUGGAAAAGAUGAAUCUGGGCAUGGCGUCGUCGAGGAUCUUCUGAAUCUGCUUUACUUCGGGAGCUUGUUCGAUGUGAAGCCGCAGAGUGAUUACACCUCCACGAUGCUGACACGGACCCACGAGCGUGGUUGCUGUUUGACCUACGAUUACGUUACCGACGAUGCCACCGAUCUGCUCGGAGAGCGAGACUUGGAUAUGCUAUCGAUGUUGGGUGGUCUUUUGAUUUCACGGCCGGUGGAUUCGAGUCUCUCACACAAGAACGCGUUACAGAGAUGUAUUGAGCACGCGAAGCUGUGGCUUGCCAAGUCUGACCGGCCAAUUGAGUCUGAGGACUCUUCCAUUACCUAUGCGGGGCUGAGAGAGAGACUGAACAAGAUUAUGUUGUCAGACUACUUCAUCACCACGCCCGAGAUGAAAGCUGCCGUCGAAGUGGCUGCUGCUGCUGCCGGAAAUUAUGCUUCUUUCCAGGUGCCGGUGCAUGGCUCUAUGGAACCAGUGGAUGUGCCUGUCCAAGUGGAAGGUUCUGUUGAGCAAUACCAGCAGAAGGAUGAAGAUGCUGCAAAUUCAGACGAGUCUGGUGAGAAUACAUCUAGUCCUGUGGAGGAGUUUCAAAAGGACGAAGUAGAGUUGGAAACUCAUACAGAUGCCUCGGUUCAACCAGAGCAAGACAAACCCGAGUUAGAGGUGGAGCAGAAUCAGAGAGAUGUUGAAUCAAAGGAACAACAGUACAUUCCCCGCAGAAACUAUCAGAACCAGAGAGGUGGGCGUGGCAGUGGCGGCGGUGGGAGUGGUCGUAGGGGGGUUUAUCCCAAUGGCCGUGGAGGUCGGGGUGGUGGCAGAGGUGGUCCCUACCAAAAUGGGCGCAGCCAAUAUUAUGACCAGCCUGGGAAUUAUUAUCCGAGGAACUACUAUAACAGGGGAAGAGGCGGGAGGGGUGUUGGGGGGCACUCUUACUACAACCAUGGAUCGGCAGUGCAAGUGGGGCAUGGACCAGCAGACUUUGGGUUGGGUUCAUGACCUACUCUGAUCAUUUAUGGAAAAAUACCCCACGUAGGUGUUUAUAUGGGUUUCUGGGUACUAGCUUUAGUAGGUGGGUGGUGAAAAUGUUGUCUCUGAACAUGUUUUGGACUUCGGAUGUGGGUUACUGUUGUUGAAUGCAUCAUCCUGGACCCCCUCCCUUUUUGUAGGGUUCUUUAUUAAUGGAGAGUUCCCAUUGAAGACUCAAAA